AUGGCUCAGCCAGACGGUGGCCAGGGCCCCCGAGUACAAGGAGCAGAAUGUCCCGCUGGCCAGCCGGGCCCGGAAGGUGGAGGCAAGCCCCUAGCUGUGGGGUCGGAGAAGGAGGGAGCACCACGGAGUCCAGCCCCCGCCACUCAGGCUGGCCCACGCGGGGAGCCGCCCCUCUCCUGCGCUGCCUCGGGAGAGAAGACACCACCGCAGGCCCCCGACUCCAGGGGAGCGUGCCAGCCCCCGGGCUCUGUCCACAAAGACAGAACGCUGGUCCCGCCCCGACCCCAGCCUCCGGGAGACGGGUGUUCCGUCGCCAGGAGAGAGGCCAAGGCAGGGAAGCGGUCCUUCUCUCCGGGCUCCGGGAAGCAGAAAAAGUCUGCCGCCCUGGGUGCAGUUUCCAUGUCACCUCCCCGCGUCACUAACUCAGCCCCUGACACCAACAAUCCAGUGCCCUGCGGGUCAGGCCGGGGGCCCUGCCAUCUGGCCAACCUCCUCAGCACGUUGGCCCAGAACAGCCAAAACACGGACCAAAAGAAGCCCCUGGAAGUGACCUGCCAAGUUCGGAAAAAGACUCGAACCCUGUACCGCUCAGACCAGCUGGAGGAGCUGGAAAAGAUAUUCCAAGCCGACCACUACCCUGACAGUGACAAGCGCCGGGAGAUUGCCCAGACAGUGGGGGUCACCCCCCAGCGCAUCAUGGUAAAGGGGGCUGGGCAGGGACCGGCGGAGGAGAGUCCAUGCUGGGCCUCUGGACAGCAGGCAGGUGUGAGCACCUCUGGCUCAGGCCGGUGUUCCAGCUCUCAUGGCUGUGUUCUUGCCGUGUGGUUCCAGAAUCGCCGGGCCAAGUGGCGAAAAGUGGAGAAACUGAAUGGGAAGAAGGACAAGGACAGCCCUGCAGGUCCAGCCCCCGCCAGCGGCCAGGACAGCUCUGCUGCUGAGCUGCCACCUGCUGUGCCCAUGGACCCGGAGCCUGCUGCCUUCCCUCCGGAGCCCCCUCUAGACACACUGCCAGAGCCCCCCAUGCUUCUGACAUCUGACCAGACUCUGGCUCCAACCCAGCAGAGCGAGGGUGCUCAGAGGGUGGCAGUGACCCCACCACUCUUCAGCCCCCCGCCUGUCCGAAGGGCCAACCUUCCCUUCCCCCUCGGCCCAGUCCACACCCCCCAACCGAUGCCUCUGCUGAUGGACACACUUGGCAGUGACAGCAGCCACAGAGAUGGCUCCUGUGGGUCCUGGGGGACAAGUGUCACCCCGCCCCCUACCUGCUCAUACCUGGAAGAGCUGGAACCCCAGGAUUACCAGCUGAGCAACCAGCCGGGGCUGUUCCAAGUCCCCCAGGCUCCGCAGACCCAGCUUUUCCAACAGCCGCAGCCCCAGUUUUCCUAUCUGCAUCCCUUCCCCUUCUCCACGCCCAGCUCACUGACGCCCCCGCUGCCAGAAGACGCUUUCUUCCCACCGCCUUACGGCCCCAGUGGGGGCACCUCGCAGGGCUACUUCCCAGCACCCCCCGCAGGGCAGGUUCUGCUGCAGCCGCCUGCUGGGAGCAUGGGCACAGUGCCCUGGAAUGACCCUUGCUUGCCAGAACUGCCCUUCCCUGGUCCCUUCUGUCCCCAAGCUCUGGGGCACCCCUCAGGAGGGGAAGGCUACUUCUCCGAUCUGUUUCCGGCUCCCUAUGCUCACCCUGUGAGCAGGCAGCCUUCUCCAGGGCCCAGCCGGCUGCCUGACGGGGCCAGGCCAGGCGCUGGGCCCUUACCCAGCACGGCCCCCAGUGAGCAGCCCAUGGCCACUGUGGAGCAGCAUUUGGCACCCAAGGAGGCCCGAGAGGAAGACAAGAACAGCCACGGCCCCUAG